GUCAACAUGGUCAUCUCAUGAUCAUGGUAUAUAUUAGUUGCAAUUGGCUAAUUUUAAUUAGAGUGACCAAUCAGGAAACCGCACAUGAUAGCACCAUUGCAUGUGAGGGGACGCUUGGUCUUUUACGAUUUCGUUUUGAAAGCUGCUAGACGCCAUUUUGUGAUUUCAAGAGAAAAAGCCAAUUCUGUUAACCUUAGAAGUUUUCCCACAGCUAAAGACGAUUUCAAGUUUGGAAAAGAGUGUUGGGAGUUACAGACUUCAUUUACAAGACUAAAAGUUGAAAUAAAACGUGGAAGAGGAAUGUAAUGAAUUGUGUGUUUUAUGAAUUCUUUUAAAUUUUACUAUGGGAGUAAAUUGGAGUGUUAUCAUUGUUUGUUAUUUUCUUGGAAUAUCAUUUUAUGUAGCAGGAAGCAGACAAAAAGAUAAAUACAAGAGUGCUCCACAAGUUGCUGACAUUGCCUUUCGACAUAACUUAGUUUCGAUAGAAGGAGAUAGAUUAGAACUCCCUUGUAAAGUGAUAGGCAGUCCAAGACCUUUUAAAAUAUGGUAUAAAGACCAGCGACUACUGACUUCCAAGUUUGAUAACAGGUAUAGGUUUGGAAUGAAUGCAUUAACAAUUGACCCAGUAGAAAAGAAUGAUUCUGGAAUUUACAACUGUCAUGUAGAAAAUGGACUUGGUGAAUUAUGGAUUAACUUUACUGUGAAAGUGUUGACUGAAGAAGAAGUAGAAUGGGUAGAAUACGAUGAUCCUGAUGGAAAAUGUCAAGAAGGUCCACCAAUUUUUAAAGAUAAAACUAAUGGGGAUUGGAUUGCCAGACCAGAAAUGUCUUCUGUGGAAAUUAAAUGUGUUGCUUGUGGAAAACCAAAGCCUACCAUUAAAUGGUUCAAAGACAAACAGUUCAUUGACCCUGGUGUCACAGGAGGACGGUACAAUGUUCGAGAAUACCAACUAAAGAUCGAUAGACUUCUGAAAUCUGAUGAAGGCAACUAUACAUGUGUUGUUGAGAAUGACCUUGGAAAGUUGAAUUUCACCUACAAACUUGAAGUUCUAAUGAGCAGAAUUACAAAACCAGUAAUAGUUGGACCAACAAAUCAGACAGUCCAAGCUGGGAGUGAUGCUAGGUUUGAAUGUAAAGUGUUAAGAAAUGACCUACAGCACCAUACACAGUGGUUACAACACUACACAGUCAAUGGUUCUUAUAGAGAUGAUGAAGGACAGCCACAUGUCAAAAUUAUACAGCAAUCCAUGGUGAAUGUAAGUCAACCAGAAAUACUGAUAAUAAAGAAUGUAACUAAAGACAAUGCUGGAUGGUAUACAUGUUUGAUUGCUAAUCCACUUGGUAGAGAUUAUCAGACUGCCUGGCUAACAGUUAUAGAGGGAAGUGGAUUAAUUAGACCUGCUCCUCGGCAGCAAACCUGUCCUAUAUGUUACACAAGUUUGGACACAACAACUAAAAUCUUCAAAUCCAUGGUUUGUGGAUCACAGAAAAUAUACAAAGUACAAACAGGUCGAAGAGGAAAAUAUUCAUUGAAGGUUUUUGUCAAUGUCAGGACAAAGAAGAAGGAGGCAGUUAAGAUGUUUGUAAAGAAGUCUUAUAACUCAGACUGUACCUGUGACUUACUGAAUGGUCAAAAGGGGAAAGUUUUGGUAUUUUCAGAACGAGAUCCCUUGGAUAUUGAUGCAAGAACAUUAACGAUAAAUGGCUCUAGCAAAAUCGUCAAAGUGAGCAAAGCUUUAGAGAAGGCAGUUUGGCGUCUUGUAAGAAAAAAAAUAUGUAGAUAAACAAUCAGUUUCUGCCAGUCAGAAUUCUAUUUUUACAAUUUUUUUAAGAAGAAAAUGAUAUUUUUGUAUUUUAUAUAUAUUAUUAUAAUCAUUGUACAUUUCGAAAUCCAUUUUAAAAAGUUUUUCAUGAGGCAAAUGAAAGGGUUGUUUUAUUUUCAUCUAUCUCUUAAUUGUCAUAAAUACUUAUAAUAUAAACAAUAACAAAUCUAUUUUUUAAUUAUUGAAUAACUACAUUUUUAAAAACUUACUUUUUCAAAGGGUUGUAAAAAAAAUUAUGUACAUGUAGGACUUUUUUUUAAUCCCAAUUUAUUUUUUAUGAUUUUUAUUUCCAUUUUAUAUGACUAAAUUAUGGAAUUUCCAGGAAAAGUAAAAUUACCUAUUUCUAUUGGAUAAAAUUGUAGAUUUAUGAGAACUGUUAUGAGAAAAUAUUGUAAUUAAAUGUUUCUAGUCAUAUAAUAUCUAAUCAAAUUUAGCAUUGUUCACAAAUAAUACUCAAGUUUUCAGAUAUUUUUUUUAAACUAUUAUGCAUCUAACAAUAAAAGUUAUGUACUAUUGCAAUUCUUUACACUAAAUACUACUUGAGCCACAGAAUAAAAUGGACAGACAUUUCUAUAAUAAUACAACAUGGGUUCAUUUAUGAAAAUAAUUUUAGUUUUGGGUUGAUAAUAUGUACUACAUGUGUAUGUAUGAUAAAUAUGACUACUAAGAUCAAAUAUUAGUAUUCCCAAGUAAAGAUUGUCAUGUUGGCUUUCUGUACAAAUUCUCAUGUAUAUCAUUAACAGCAAUUGAACAACCAAAUGAUAUUUUCAUUAAAUUAGUGAAUCUC